AGGCGCCGCGGCGGUCCCUGAGGCGCAGAGUUGCGACGCUCAGCGGCCUAGGGGGCGGCUCCACCGACACUACGUGGAGGCUUCGUUCCGCAGGCAGGUUGAGCAGAGUGCCUAGAUACACAGUUAUCUUCUUACUAGUUCUCUGUGUCGCUCGCUAACCAGUCCCCCAGUUCAGUAAACUGCGGCCCAAAGCCUACUUGACAGGUGUUUAUUUUGUCUUGCUUUUUUUUUUUUUUUAAAUGAAGUCAAAAUGCCAAUGAGACAAGAUCUCCAGCAGUUGGAAAAAUGCAUUGAUGAUGCUUUAAGAAAAAAUGAUUUCAAACCUUUGAAAACACUUUUACAAAUUGAUAUUUGUGAAGAUGUGAAGAUUAAAUGCAGCAAACAGUUUUUCCACAAGGUGGACAACCUUAUAUGCAGGGAACUUAAUAAAGAGGAUAUCCACAAUGUUUCAGCCAUUUUGGUUUCUGUUGGAAGAUGUGGCAAAAAUAUCAGUGUAUUGGGGCAAGCUGGACUUCUAACAAUGAUAAAACAAGGACUAAUACAAAAGAUGGUUGCCUGGUUUGAAAAAUCCAAGGAGAUUAUUCAGAGUCAAGGAAAUUCAAAAGAUGAAGCUGUUCUCAAUAUGAUAGAAGACUUAGUUGAUCUUCUGCUGGUCAUACAUGAUGUCAGUGAUGAAGGUAAAAAGCAAGUAGUGGAAAGUUUCGUACCUCGCAUUUGUUCCCUGGUUAUUGACUCAAGAGUGAAUAUUUGUAUUCAGCAAGAGAUAAUAAAAAAAAUGAAUGCUAUGCUUGACAAAAUGCCUCAAGAUGCCCGGAAAAUACUCUCUAACCAAGAAAUGUUAAUUCUCAUGAGUAGUAUGGGAGAAAGGAUUUUAGAUGCUGGAGAUUAUGACUUACAGGUAGGCAUUGUAGAAGCUUUAUGUAGAAUGACCACAGAAAAACAAAGACAAGAACUGGCACAUCAGUGGUUUUCAAUGGAUUUUAUUGCUAAGGCAUUUAAAAGAAUUAAGGACUCUGAAUUUGAAACAGAUUGCAGGAUAUUUCUCAACCUUGUAAAUGGCAUGCUUGGAGACAAAAGAAGGGUCUUUACAUUUCCUUGUUUAUCAGCAUUUCUUGAUAAAUAUGAGCUGCAAAUACCAUCAGAUGAAAAACUUGAGGAAUUUUGGAUUGAUUUUAAUCUUGGGAGUCAGACUCUCUCAUUCUACAUUGCUGGAGAUAAUGAUGACCAUCAAUGGGAAGCAGUUACUGUGCCAGAGGAAAAAGUACAAAUAUACAGCAUUGAAGUGAGAGAAUCAAAGAAGCUACUGACAAUAAUUCUGAAAAAUAUAGUAAAAAUUAGCAAAAGAGAAGGGAAAGAAUUGCUUUUGUAUUUUGAUGCAUCACUAGAAAUCACUAAUGUGACUCAAAAAAUUUUUGGUGCAAAUAAACAAAGGGAAUCUAUCAGAAAACAAGGUAUUUCAGUUGCUAAAACGUCGCUGCAUAUACUUGUUGAUGCAACUGGAUCACAGAUUCUAGUGCCAGAAAGUCAAAUCUCACCAGUCGGAGAAGAGCUGGUUAGUUUAAAGGAAAAAUCAAAGUCCCCAAAGGAAUUUGCUAAACCUUCAAAAUAUAUCAAAAACAGUAACAAAGAGAAUAGAAAUAAUAGCCAGCUUGAGAAAAUUACUCCUAGCAAAAGAAAAAUGUCUGAAGCAUCAAUGAUUGUUUCUGGUGCAGACAGAUACACUAUGAGAAGUCCAGUACUUUUCAGCAACACAUCAAUACCACCACGAAGAAGAAGAAUUAAACCACCACUGCAAAUGAUGAGUUCUGCAGAGAAACCUAGUGUUUCUCAAACAUCAGAAAAUAGAGUGGAUAAUGCUGCAUCACUGAAAUCUAGACCAUCAGAAGGAAGACAUAGAAGAGAUAAUACAGACAAACAUAUCAAAACUGCUAAGUGUGUAGAAAACACAGAAAAUAAGAACGUUGAAUUCCCAAACCAAAAUUUUAGUGAACUCCAGGAUGUUAUACCAGAUUCACAGGCAGUGGAAAAAAGUGAUCAUACUAUAUUACCUGGUGUUUUAGACAACAUCUGUCGAAAUAAAAUGCACAGCAAAUGGGCAUGUUGGACACCUGUAACAAACAUUGAACUAUGUAAUAACCAAAGAGCAAGUACUUCGUCAGGAGACACAUUUAAUCAAGAUAUUGUUAUAAAUAAACUUACUAAACAAAAAUCAUCCUCUUCAAUAUCUGAUCAUAAUUCUGAAGGAACAGGAAAAGUGAAAUAUAAGAAAGAACGAACCGACCAUAUCAAAACAGAUAAAGCAGAAGUUUGCAAGAAACACAAUCGACAACAAAAUCAUCCUAAAUAUUCAGGGCAGAAAAAUACUGAAAAUGCUAAGCAGAGUGAUUGGCCUGUUGAAUCUGAAACUACUUUUAAAUCGGUUCUCCUAAAUAAGACAAUUGAAGAAUCGCUGAUAUAUAGGAAGAAAUACAUAUUGUCAAAAGAUGUGAAUACUGCUACUUGCGAUAAAAAUCCAUCUGCUAGCAAAAAUAUGCAAAGUCAUAGAAAAGCAGAGAAACAAUUGACUUCUGAGCUUAAUUCCUGGGAUUUGAAACAAAAAAAAAUGAGAGAAAAGUCAAAAGGGAAAGAAUUUACCAAUGCAGCAGAAUCCUUGAUAAGCCAAAUCAAUAAAAGAUACAAAACAAAAGAUGACAUCAAGUCUACAAGAAAAUUAAAGGAGUCUUUGAUUAACAGUGGUUUUUCAAACAAACCUGUUGUACAACUCAGUAAGGAAAAAGUUCAGAAAAAAAGCUACAGAAAACUGAAGACUACUUUUGUUAAUGUUACUUCUGAAUGCCCAGUGAAUGAUGUUUACAGUUUUAAUUUGAAUGGAGCUGAUGACCCUAUCAUAAAACUUGGAAUCCAAGAGUUUCAAGCUACAGCUAAAGAAGCCUGUGCGGAUAAGUCGAUCAGAUUGGUAGGUCCAAGGAAUCAUGAUGAACUUAAAUCUUCUGUCAAAACAAAAGAUAAAAAAAUUAUAACUAAUCAUCAAAAGAAAAAUCUGUUUAGUGAUACUGAAACAGAGUACAGAUGUGAUGACAGCAAGACUGAUAUUAGCUGGCUAAGAGAACCAAAAUCAAAACCACAGCUAAUAGACUAUAGCAGAAAUAAAAAUGUGAAGAAUCAUAAAAGUGGAAAAUCAAGAUCAUCCUUGGAAAAGGGACAACCAAGCUCUAAAAUGACAUCCAGUAAAAAUACCACCAAAAAGACGGACAAGACAAUUCUGGAAGGAAGAAUCAGACUUCCACGAAAAGCAACCAAAACAAAAAAAAAUUAUAAAGAUCUCUCAAAUUCAGAAUCAGAGUGUGAACAAGAAUUUUCACAUUCAUUUAAAGAGAACUUACUAGUAAAGGAGGAGAAUAUCCACUCCAGAAUGAAAAUGGUAAAGCUACCAAAGAAACAACAGAAAGUCUUCUGUGCUGAAACAGAAAAGGAACUAUCAAAACAAUGGAAAAACUCAUCUCUACUAAAAGAUACUAUACGAGAUAAUUGCCUUGACUUAUCUCCCAGAUCUUUAUCUGGCAGUCCAUCAUCUAUAGAAGUAACGAGAUGUAUAGAGAAAAUAACAGAAAAGGAUUUUACUCAGGAUUAUGAAUGCAUAACAAAAUCUAUAUCACCUUAUCCAAAAACUUCAUCACUUGAAUCCUUAAAUAGUAACAGUGGAGUUGGAGGUACAAUAAAGUCACCCAAAAACAAUGAGAAAAACUUCCUGUGUGCAAGUGAAAGUUGUUCACCAAUUCCACGACCACUGUUUUUGCCCAGAUGUACUCCAACUAAGAGUAAUACUAUUGUAAAUAGAAAAAAAAUAAGUUCUCUGGUACUUACACAAGAAACACAAAACCGUAACAGCUAUUCAGAUGUAAGCAGUUAUAGUUCAGAAAAACGGCUUAUGGAAAUUGAAUCUCCAAAUAUCAAUGAAAAUUAUAUACAAAGCAAAAGAGAGGAAAGUCAUUUAGCAUCUUCAUUAUCCAAGUCUAGUGAAGGAAGAGAGAAAAAGUGGUUUGACAUGCCCUGUGAUGCUACUCAUGUAUCAGGCCCCACUCAACAUCUUAGUCGCAAACGAAUAUAUAUAGAAGAUAAUCUAAGUAAUUCCAAUGAAGUAGAAAUGGAAGAGAAAGGAGAAAGGAGAGCAAACUUGCUUCCCAAAAAACUGUGUAAAAUUGAAGAUGCAGAUCAUCAUAUCCACAAAAUGUCUGAAAGUAUAUCUUCAUUAUCAACAAAUGACUUUUCUAUUCCUUGGGAGACCUGGCAAAAUGAAUUUGCAGGUAUAGAGAUGACUUAUGAGACUUAUGAGAGGCUCAAUUCAGAAUUUAAGAGAAGGAAUAAUAUCCGACAUAAAAUGUUGAGUUAUUUUACUACGCAGUCUUGGAAAACAGCUCAGCAACAUCUAAGAACAAUGAAUCAUCAAAGUCAGGACUCUAGGAUUAAAAAACUUGAUAAAUUCCAAUUCAUUAUCAUAGAGGAGCUGGAGAAUUUUGAAAAAGAUUCACAGUCUUUAAAAGAUUUGGAAAAGGAAUUUGUGGACUUUUGGGAAAAGAUAUUUCAGAAGUUCAGUGCAUAUCAAAAAAGUGAACAACAGAGGCUUCAUCUUUUGAAAACUUCAUUGACUAAAGGGGUCUUCUGUAAUACUGAUAAUGAAGAAACUGUUUUUACAUCUGAGAUGUGUUUGAUGAAAGAAGAUCUGAAAGUGCUGCAAGACAGGCUUCUUAAGGACAUGCUAGAAGAGGAGCUUCUUAAUGUACGCAGAGAACUGAUGUCAGUAUUCAUGUCUCAUGAAAGAAAUGCUAAUGUGUGAAAUCUAGUUUUUAUCAACAUACUUUAAUUAUUCUUCUCUGUGUAUAACUGAGGAAAUAAGAAUAAUCCUACAAAGAGAAAAAUAUACAUGUCACUGAAGCAAGUGUACCCUUUAUAGGAACCCUCAAAUUCAAAAAAAUGUCUUUUAAUGGAUGAGAAAGAACCACUAUACCAUGAGUCCAAGCCCAGAAGACUUCGGUCUAUACCAUAUUAUUUUUUAAUUUUGGAGAUAAAAGCUUUAAGAAACUUUUUUGAGUUAAUUAUACUCAUAAAAUGAGUUUCUUUAAUAAAUUAAAUUUUAUUAUGUAAAAUGUAUUAUUACAUAAAAUGUGUUUUUGAAUCAAUGCAGUUUGGGGAUGAAUAUAAUUAAAAUAUGUUUAAUAGCUUAGAAUUCAACUAAUAAAAAUUUAGUCACACUUACAAGGGGGAGGAAGUCCCUAAUUUAAAAUAUAUAACUGAGUGGUAGAUCAGUACUUUCAGCACACUGUUGGAAACAUUUAUUCAGAUAUGGCUCUAAUGUAUUAGGAAGCACUAAAUGGCCUAAAAAAGCUAUUACAUUGCCUAAAUACGUUAAUUCAAUAUAGAAGUCCUAUUUCAUAAGCAGGCUGUUUGACAAAUACUUUUAAUCUAGUAGUCAUUGUAAUAUCUUGCUAGAUUAAUUUAUAAAAGUGAGUAUACAUUUGAUUUGCUUUUAAUGAAGUUGAAAUAAAUGCUUAUGUCACUUGAAUAAAUAUAAAUCAUUAUAUUCCUAUUUUGUGAACAUUGGGUAUCUGAAGAAGGAUAUUUAUUUGAUCCAAAGUAUAAUACUAAGUAGCCUUACUAUCCCUUGUCUAUUUAAUGGUAGCAGAGUAUUAUUCAAAAAUAAUACGAAUAAUUAAAAACAGUGGGAAAACUGGCUUCUUAAAAUCCCUCUCAUUUUGGUCAGCUUUAUGCAAUUAUUAGCAUCAGCUAAGAUUUAUUGAUAGGGCAGUGGGGUUGCUAUUUUAAGAGAGUGACAGCUGUUAUAAUAUCAAAUACCACUCAGGACUUGCAAAUCUAUGUUGCCCCGUGAGACUAAUUCCAUCAUGUCUUAUCACCCUGUUUACCUCAUUGUCAGCCAAAUUUCCAAGACUCCUAAGUCAUACCUCAUACUUGAUUUCAAUACUGUACUAUAUGUGUAAUCCAUCCCAGGUUCUUUAUUCUUUCCAGCUCUUCUAAAAUCAUGUCAUUACCAGCAGUUGUGCCCCUCUAAAUCUCAAUUUCCAACAUUCUUAUCACUCCAGCCUGUCUUUCCAACUUGCUUUGUAUAGUAGUCUCAGGCUAUUUAUACUUUUUCUCUAUUCCUGUUACCUUCUUGUCUGUCUGUCCUUCCUUACCCAUUCUAGAUGCCAGAGUUCAAAAUAAUACUCCUGCCCUUUCUCUUCCUGUCAACCUUAUCCACUAAUUCUUAGCUGUCCUUCUACCAAUUGAACAGCCCAGGAGAAAAUAAUACAAUCAGGCUUUAAAUUUAUGGCCACAUACUUCAAAUGGGCACUCAGCAUUGCUCAACAAUCCUUACUCUGCUCUCUUUAAUUGGCUUUACCACAUUUCCAGAGUAUUAUUGCAUAUAAAUACCUCUUUCCUUGAUUAUUUACCUUUGAGCUGACUGUCUAACCUCAUAAUUUUCUCAUCUUCACCCUAAAAUCUAACAUGUUUCCUGCAUCAAGACCAGCAUUUUCUGAUUUCUUUUUCAGUCCAAUAGCAGAUUUGUUUAUUUAAGAACAAUCACCCUACUAGUGCUUUGAAUCCCAUUAUCUUUGAUUUUCCUCUCCUGAUUUUUAUAGUCUAUGUUAAUUAAAUAAAUAAAUAAAUAGGCCUUCCAUUGACAUCAAGUUCUCCUGAAACCACUGCCCUACCCAUAUAAUUAUCCAUUCACUUUUGCAGAGAAUAUUUCAGAAUAAUCUUCUCAGGUUACUAUCUCAACUUCUUUGCUUCCUUCCCUCAAUGCAGCUCUGCCCCUACUAUUUCAUCAAAACUACUUUUAUCAAAAUCAACAGUAAUUUAAGUAAAAACAGAUUAGAUAUGGCAACAUAGCCUUUCAGUGGCAUUUCACGCUUAAAAUCCUCUGCUGGCAUGUAUUUGCUACUCUUCUGUGCCUUUUCCUUGGGUUCAUUCCUAGUCUCUUUCUUUUCCUCAGUCAGUACUUUCACCUUAAGUAAUUUCAUCUAGUCCCAUAUAGUAACUAUUUCUGUGUUGAUGAUCUCAAGUUUAUAAACGUUCUGACCUUCACUUUGGACGUCAGAACAUUAUAAAUACUGCUGUAUUGACAUUUCUAAUAAGAAUCUCAACUCUCAAAACAACUUGAUUUGUCUCCCUUACCAUUCCUUCUCUUCAUCAAAGAAAAAGUAAACUUUGUCUUCCUAUCUCAAUAAAGUUACUUUUAACUACCCAACUAUUCAAACCAAAACCUAACAGUAAUUCCUGAUUUAUUUUCCUUUUAGCCAAACAGUAAAUUGAUCAACAAUUCCUACUGCCAAAAUAUGACCCACAUGUGAAUACUUUCUGCCACUUCCACUGUCUCUGUGACAAUGUCAAUAUCAUUUCUCACACAGACAAUUUCAAUGGCCUCUUAAAAUGGCUUUUCAUCAUUUAUACUUUCCCUUCCACAGUUUUUUCACUUAGCAGCCACCAUUGUCUUGCUAAAGCAUAAAUCAUACCAUGUCACUCCCUUACCUAAAACUCUCCAGUGACACACUUAACCAGUGGGUCAAGGGACAACUCAUAAGGGAAA